UAAACGCAAGGCAAGGCAAGGCAAGGCAUUACUGGAUCACAGAGAGAGAGAAUCUGCGUAAAAAUGGAGGAGAUGAGAGGAUCGUCGAAGAAGAUGAUAGCGACGCAGGCGGAGAUGGUGGAAGCGAAGGUCCCAAUAGCAUACAGAGACCAGUGCGCACACCUGCUGAUACCCCUCAACAAGUGCCGCCAAGCUGAGCUAUACCUCCCAUGGAAGUGCGAGAUCGAGCGUCACUCCUACGAGAAGUGCGAGUACGAGCUCGUCAUGGAAAGGAUGCUCCAAAUGCAAAAGAUCCGCGAACAAGAGGCCAAUUCCAAGCUCUCCCACAAACAGGGCACCAUUCCUCUCAUUCCCAAGACCGCCAAUGCUUAAUCCCCCCCCCAAAAAAAACCAACUACUUCAAUAAAUCCCUGGUCUGUUCUACUUAUUCAGUCAAUCUGUGUUUUUUUUUUUUUUUAUAAAAAAUCUCUACACUGUUUUGAUUUUUCAAUAAUGGCUAUUAUGCACAAUCUAGGGUUUCUUGAUGGAAGAUUACUUGCUUGUGUUUUGGGGUUGUUCUUUAAUUUAGUGUUUGAUAGUUCAUGAGUUUGACUCAAAACUUGGAUACUAUAGUGGGUAUCGAACGAUUUGUUCUGUUUUUUAUAAUCCUGUGUGUCUGGAUGAUUAUGCCUUUGGUGGUAAUGCAGCUUGUUUAUGGUUCUAAUUGGAAA